CUGCCCCCGGCAACACCUCUCAACAUUUGAAGCAGAAUCGCUCAGAUGCUUCAAGUAAAGCCACUGGGAAUACACUCCACGGAUUAGCCUAACAUUCUCUGCAGCCUAUAAAGUGCCUGCGUGUCCGUAUUCGCAUCACUUCUGAGCUGCUCUGAGACGCAUCAGUAGCCUCCACUCACAAUGGCAGCCAUCUCCAGCCGCAUCUCCAUGUCCUCCGGAUCAUCCAUCGCAGGGGGGAUCUCUGGGCUCUCCCUGUCCGGAGGUGGAGCUCGUUUGAGCGUCAUGCGGGCCGGCAGUGUGUACGGCGGAGCGGGGGGAGCUGGAGUUCGCAUAUCCAGCGCCGGCGCAGGGUUUGGCGCUGGCGCUGGCGCAGGCUUCGGUGGUGGCGCAGGGUUCGGGUUCGCUGCUGGCGGCGGCGGCGGCGGUGGCUUCAGCCUGGCUGCUGGUGGUGGAGCUUUCGAGGCCGUGAUGGGCAAUGGGAAAUUCACCAUGCAGAACCUCAACGACCGUCUGGCCGCCUACCUGACCACGGUGCGUUCUCUGGAGAAGGCCAACGCCGAGCUGGAGCUGAAGAUCAGACAGUUCCUGGACGCUAAGAUCGGACCUGCUGUGCACGACUUCUCUGGCUUCAUGGCCACCAUCGGUGACCUCCAGACCAAGAUUAUGGGCAUCAUCAGUUUUAAAGGAGUCGCUGUGCUGAACAUCGACAACGCCAAACUGGCUGCUGAUGACUUCAGAGUCAAAUACGAGGCAGAGCAGGCCAUGCGUCUUUCCGUGGAGGCUGACAUCGCUGGACUCAAAAAGGUCCUGGAUGACCUCACCUUCUCCAAAUCCGACCUUAUCUUGCAGAUCACGGCCAUCCAGGACGAACUCGCCUUCCUGAAGAAGAGCCACCAGGAGGAUCUCCUGGCUCUUCGCGCACAAGUUGGCAGCACAGUAAACGUGGAGGUGGACGCUGCUCCUCAGGACGACCUCAUGGUAGUCCUGGCCGGCGUCCGUGAACACUACGAGGCUGUGGCCGUCAAGAACAGACGGGAACUGGAGGCCUGGUACCAGGCGAAGACGGAAGCGCUCAGCAAAGAAGUCCUCUCAAGCACAGCUGUCCUGCAGACGUCCUCCUCAGAAGUCACGUCCAUGAGGACCACAGUGCAGGCGCUACAGAUCGAGCUGCAAGGCCUCAUCAGCAUGAAAGCGUCCAUGGAAGUCACCCUGGCAGAGACACAGACCCGCUACGUUAGCAUGCUGGCCGGCUUCCAGGUACAGGUGAGCAGCCUGGAGGAGCAGCUCGCUGCCCUCCGCGGAAACCUUGAGCGCCAGGGCUACGAAUACUCCAUCCUGCUCGACAUCAAGACCAGACUGGAGAUGGAGAUCGCCGAGUACAGAAGACUGCUCGACGGAGACGCAUACGCCGCCUCUUCAUACUCAACCAUAUCGUCUUCUGCAGCUUUAUCAUCAUCGCUGUCGACAUCAUAUUCGGCAUCGAUAUCCGCAGCAGCCGAGGCAGCAGCAGCAGCAGCAGCAGCAGCAGCAUCUGUGUCCACAACACGUACCAGAGUGAUGACAGUGACGGAGGAGCUGGUUGAUGGAAUGGUGGUGUCCUCCUCCACCUCCUCCUCCAUCGUCGCUUAAGGAGGUGUGGAAACCCCUGAUCCAUGACUGUUGAUUUACCUGAGCACAAGGCAGGCUUUACCCUGCAGUUUGUCACAGAUUGUCUGUAAUGUCAAGUCAGAAACACUACCAAUAAAACAAGA